AUGAAGCAGGCAGGGGAAGGCGAUUCUUCUCCAGCAGGGAUCCCACAGAUUUUGGGGGGUAACAGCCAGGCCACCGUGGCUCAGGCACGUGGGCUGGCGCUGCUCUUGGUGCUGCUGCCGCCCGUGGCUGGCACUUCCAUGCCGAGCACCGUGGUCAGACUCAACAACGCCAUGCUGAGCCACGUGUCUGACAUCGGCAAAGGCCCUCUGCAGCGGGCUCUGCAUGUCAAUGUCCCGGACUUUGUGGACCAGAGUGGAGAGGAGCUUCAGCUCCCCAGGAUCCAGAUUCUGAAUGUCCAUGUGCCCCACCUCCGCCUGAAAUUCAUUGCCAAUUUUGGGGUACACUUGUUGGCAGUAGCCAAUUUUACUUUCAAGGUCUUUUGCACCCCAGAGACCCUGGAGCUGAAGAUGCCUGUGGUACUGAAGGCUGAUGCCCAAGUGGCCCAGAGCCCCAUCGGGACCCCCGUGGUCAGCAUCUCCACCUGCUUCUCAUUCUUUGACAAUGCCACCCUGCUUCGUGGCCGUAACAGCACCCCGCCCUCGCUGCUGGCCCCGGUGCAGACGUACAUGCAAGCUGUCCUCCGGAACAAAAUGUGCCUGUGUGUCUCCAACCUGGUGCAGACCCUCAACUUGCACUUGGGCACUUUCAUUGGCCUCAACCCUGUGGGCCCCGAGUCCCAGAUCCGCUACUCCCUGGCCCGUGCGCCCACGGUCACUGAGGACUGCAUCUCCUUGGAGGUCAAGAUGGUUCUCUUGCUGCUGGGCAGGCCCAUCGUGCUGCCUGUGAGCGCUGCCCCCUUCACGCUGCCGGAGCACGUGGGCACCAAGGAUGCCAUGGCAACCGUGGGCCUCUCCCAGCACCUCUUUGAGUCAGCCCUCCUGCUGCUGUAGAAGGCUGGUGCCCUCAACCUGGACAUCACAGGGGAGCUGAAGUCGGAGGACAACCCGCUGAACACCUCCUCGCUGGGCCAGCUCAUCCCGGAGGUGGCCCGCCAGUUCCCGGACCCCAUGCCCGUGGUGCUCAAGGUCCGGCUGGGUGCCACGCCGGUGGCCACGCUCCACACCAACAACACCACCCUGCGGCUGCAGCCCCUUGUGGAAGUCCUGGUGGUGACCUCCAACUCAGCCUUCCAGUCCCUCUUUUCCCUGGAUGUGGUAGUGAACUUGAACCUUCAGUUCUCUGUGUCCAAGGUGAAGCUUCAGGGCACCACGAAUGUGCUGGGGGAUGUCCAGCUCACGGUGGCCUCUUCCAAUGUGGGCUUUAUUGACAUGGACCAAGUGCACACGCUCAUGGGUGCCGUGUUUGAGAAGCCCCUGCUGGACCACCUCAACGCUCUGCUGGGCAUGGGGAUUGCCCUUCCCAAAGUGGUCAACCUCUUCUACAUCAACCCUGAGGUCUCUGUCCAUGAGGGCUUCGUUGUGAUCUCCAGUGGGCUCUCAUACCAGCGCUGA